ACCCAAUACUGCAAUGACGAACGUUGGCUCCGUUGCAAACACCAGUAAGGCUCAGAAAGGGCCUCAUCCCAAACAAGGGGUGAUGGGAGACAGAAAGACUGUCGCAAACGCCUCCGCUAUGCGCGCAUCUGCGCCUAAACCAGCGGUAGACGCAGCAAAGUCGAUCGGGUCGACCGCUGGUGUUCAGAAAUUUACAUACGCAGAGAGACGGACGGCCGCCCAAACCCUGCGUUCACAUGCCAGAAGCAAAGUCGCCACGCCUUCGCCCGAAUGGCUGAAGAAGGUUGAGUGGGCCAGGACGGUGUUCCCAAACUAUGGGCAAGGAAACACCCAACAGGAAGGUGCCCAGGUGAAGAGGCAACGCUCCGUAGAGCUGCCUGGUCCGUCGGCGAAGAGAUCGAAGAUCCAGCCGUCGGUCUCCUUUGCCGAGAUCACUAAAGAUCGGGUCCUUCUGGGACUCAUUGACAGGGGAAAUCCGGAGAACAGGAUCCCCAAAAACAAAUGGAAGGCGGUUGAGUCCCAGCUGUCUCUCAUAUGCCUGCGUAUGGUGCGCGAGAAGCCCGGUUCAUCGCCUUGCUGCAUGGACGCGGGCUGGUACCAGGGCAGUGUAAAGGUGGUUGCCUGCGACAAUCAGCGAUCAGCUGAUCUAUACAAGCAGGCGACAGCGCAGCUAGGUGAAGUCUACGAUGGGGCGAACAUAGUCGCACUAGAUUGGUGUGACGUCCCCAGUAGACCCCGAGCUAGAAUUUGGCUCCCAGCAGCUAUCAAAUCACCGGAGGAUAUCCUCUAUAUGUUGCAAGAGUGCAACCCACAUCUCCCCACAAAAGACUGGAAAGUCGUAAAGGUGGAGGAGCAUGCAGGUGAUGUAAAUCAGGCGAUCGUGGUGCUAAACAAGGAGUCGGUCGCUCCCAUAGAGGCUGCUCGGGGAGUGCUCAAUUAUGGCUUCAGCGCCAUACACAUUAAGAUAUACAAAGGGGACUCCAGUUCCAAGGGAAGCCCUGCCGGCAACCCAGCUGAGCAGGUACUUGCGGAGGAAGUGGAGGCCCCUGGUAUGCCGGAGGACGGCUACUCAACCGACUCAUCGCUGAGCAGAGAGUUGCGAGCGCUGGGACCGGCAAUCGAAGAAGUGGACCUGAGCGAUUCGGAGGCCGACGUUACUGUGGUGGAGGUUGCAGCUGGGGAUGUCGCUAAGACUCCUGCAGAUCAACCUACACCACAGUAAAGCAGCGUCCGCUGCCCUAUUGCUUCGCCUUGCCAAAGGCGAAGCCGACGUGGUCUUAGUUCAGGAACCUUGGAUAGCAGGAGGCAAGGUUGCUGGGCUAGGAACAAAAGACUACAAGCUUAUGCUUGACCCCAAACAAGCAACGGAGACAACACGGCAAUAAGCCUGGAGCUGCAAAACGGCUCCAUAAGGAUGCUAUCGGCCUACAUGGCUUUUGAAAAGGUAGAACCCCCAGACGCGCUAGUCAGAGGACUGGUACAAGAAUGUGAAGAGCUUAAUAAAGGUUUGGUGAUAGGAUGCGAUGCAAAUGCCCACCAUACCCAGUGGGGCUGCCCUAUCAACAACGACAGAGGUGAGUCUUUAUUUGAUUUCAUUCUAAAUUCGAACUUAUUUCUUUGUAACAGGGGCAAUACCCCUACUUUCAUAACAAAAACGUGCCAAACGAUCAUAGAUCUAACCCUGGCAUCAGAUUCACUCGUAAGCACAGUCACAAACUGGGCUGUCUCCAACGAGCACUCAUUCUCAGAUCACAGGUUUAUAGAGACAACUUUGUCUCUAGUGUCACCUGCGCCGGUCAGCUUUGCCAACCCCAGGCGGGCAAACUGG